AUGCCAGAGCUAGGGCAGCCUAUGACAGGAGCAUCUUACCGUCUGGAGCAGCCCGAGAUCCUGGCGGCACCGACCGGGGGCUCCAUCACCCUGCCCUGCACGUUAAUCUACCCCCCCGAGAUCGAGCUGCUGCGGGAGGUCCGGGUUUACUGGAGGCGAGGGGGUUUCCAUGGCGAUUUCGUGUACAAUCACACUGAGGGGUUCACCCGCUGGGAUUACCGGGGCCGCAUCGCACUGGUCGGGAACCCGGGGGAGAGACCGAAGCGAACGGCCUCGAUCCGCAUCGACCGGCUGCAGGCGUCGGACACCAGCGAAUAUGUCUGCCAAGUCUGCGUGCAGUUGCAGAACGGCACAUGGAUCCCCUGGCGCGCUCUGCCAGGAACCCGCCUCACAGUGACAGAAGCAGCUCCCAGCCCCAUGCCUAGGACGUGGCACCCAGCACUGGCAACGCAGGACACGAGGAGUGCAGAGAGAAACAGCACUGGACACCUGGACACCACUCACCUCGCCCUCAUUGGCCUGGCCUCCACACUUUCCAAGAUCGGCAUCUGCAUCGCGGUCUUUGCCCUCUGCCAGUGGCUGGGCUGGGCUGGGCUCCAGGCCUCAGGAGCAGGAGGCCGGCACGGAGCGACCCACCAGGGGAACGGGAUUUGAAUGUGCCUCCUUGGCACACAGCUCACGGCCAAGCGUCCCCGGGGAAUGAUGCCAGCCAGCAGCGGUAAAAUGGCUGUUAUCCUUCAGGGAUACGCCCCCUCGCGAUAGAGGAGUGUGUGUGGGGAUAGAUAGAUAGAUAGAUAGAUAGAUAGAUAGAUAGAUAGAUAGAUAGAUAGAUAGAUAGAUAGAUUGGAUGGAUGGAUGGAUGGAUGGAUGAUGGGAGGUGUAUGAGGACAGGUAGCUAGACAGGGCUUGGGAACCUCUCACAAUGCCUGCAGGGCACAGGGACCUGGGUUACCCGCAUGGCGCCCUGCACUCCCCCGCAUUGCUGCUGUUACCCAAUAAAGUGUCGCG